AUGGAAAAUAAUACUGAUGCCUUAUACUUUAACCUGACCAUGUUCAUUAAUAUUGGACACUACCGCUACCCUGCAUUUGUUUUCUGUCUGUUGAUCUAUUGUUUUGUCAUGUUUGCCAAUCUGGUCCUUAUAACUGUUAUUUCACGUGAGAAGUCCUUACACGAGCCUAUGUACUUAUUCGUUGCUUGCUUGUCUUUUAAUGCUUUGUAUGGCUCCGCUGGAUUCUUCCCCAGGUUUUUGAUGGACCUACUUUCUGACUCUCACCUCAUCUCACGACCAGCUUGUUUCAUUCAAGUCUAUGUCAUUUAUACAUUUGCUGCCUAUGAAUUAACAUUACUGGGAGUUAUGGCGUAUGACAGAUAUUGUGCUGUAUGCCAUCCUUUGCAUUAUCACAGGAAAAUGACCAUCAAAACAGUAACUAUUUUAGCUGCAAUAGCAUUCAUAUAUCCUGCUUUCUCGAUUUCAGCAUGUAUAUUUCUUUCAAUGCAGCUUCCUCUAUGUGGCAAUAAGAUUCACAAAGUUUUCUGCGCCAACUGGAAUAUUGUAAAAUUGUCUUGCAUUUCAACAGUGAGGAAUAACAUUAUAGGGAUGUUUGUUACCAUAACUACAGUUUUUUGUCCGCUUUUUUUCGUCCUCUACACUUAUUUAAGAAUCGUUUUGGUUUGUUGGAAAAGUUCAUCUGAAUUUAAAGGGAAGGUUUUGCAAAACUGCAUGCCGCACAUUGUGUCUUUUGCGACUUAUUCGAUUACAGUGUUUUGUGAUGUGUCCCUGAGCCGCUACGAUCUUGAAAAGGUGAAUCCGAUUUUGGCAUCUAUUUUAUCACUGGAGUUUGUAGUCAUAACACCAAUCCUGAAUCCUUUAGUUUAUGGACUGAAGUUACCAGCAAUAAGGAAGCAAAUAUCAAGAAUUUUGUUGAUCGAUAAAGCAUAA